AUGGUAGUCCCAUCGCCCUCUCUUCCAGCCAACUCCCGAACCGCCUCUCCUCAUCGCAACCAGCAAUCCGGCCCAGCGAACUAUGAACAGCAGCCACUCCCGAGAACGUUAACCUCCACCACCAACAUGAGCGUACCCAGGUCUCAAAACCGUCUCUCCUCGCGGAGUCGUCCAUACAUACCCUCUCAGUUCUACCAACAAUCUGAGCAUCUGCCUCAUUCCAGUCAGAACCGAUAUUCAACCCCGCUCUCGUUCCACAGCAGCCAUCAUCAACCUCCCCACUCGCGCCCACCCCAAUCCAACCAAACCAUCCCGAUACCUUCUGCCAUCCCACCCAUCGUUCCUCAGCAAGAUGCUACUCCGCUGCCGACCCUACCAAUCGUGGUACUCUGUUUCGCGAUGAUCUCCGAAUUCUUAUCGGCCUCGGUCUCCGGUCCAUUCAUCUUUUUUAUGAUUGAGGACUUUGGCGUCGGCGGAGGCGAAGCCGCGGUAGGAUUCUGGGCAGGGAUCGUGUCCUCCGUCUUCUUCUUAACACAGUUUCUGACCUCCCUACUCUGGUCGAACGUCUCCAACAAACACGGUCGGAGGGUCGUCCUCUUCACCUCCUUACUCGGAAAUGCGAUCACCUUGAUCCUCUUUGGAUCCAGUACCUCACUCGGAAUGGCUAUCUGUGCCAGGCUCGGUCAAGGUAUCUUCAACGGCGCGAUUGGUGUCGCUCGGGGUGCCGUCAGAGAUCUCACCGAUUCAACCAACGAGGGCUCCGCCAUUGCCUGGAUCGGUUUAUGCUGGGGAAUGGGGGGUAUUGCCGGUCCAAUCAUUGGAGGUUUACUCGAGCAUCCUGCUGAAAAUUACCCUGCACUGUUUGGACGUUUCCAAUUGCUGAAAGAUUACCCAUACCUGUUGCCAUGCACAGUAGCAAGCUCUAUCACUUUUACUGGCGCGAUCCUUAGUCUCUUUUUGGGCUGGGAUGGAGGUUACCGAACCGGCAAGAUUCAGUUGACCGAUUCGAACAAGCUCGACUUUCCUGACCGUUUGCUUGGCGCUGAUGAAGAGGAGACUGAUGAAUCAUUGAGCGUUCCCUCAAGGCAACAAACUGGUUUCUUGCGAUCCCCCAACGCACAACCCAUGGCGAUGGACAAUUCUAGCACGCAUUCCCUCACCACCGCUAACACCUCCAGAGAUGUGUCACGAUCCAUUGUCAUCAAAAAUCCUCUAGGAAUUUCUCGCACCACAACUCGCCAGUCCAACGCUUUCGUACCCGGAUCUGCCUAUGGCUAUGAUCGCAAUUCUACCCUUUCCCGGCGACCAUCAAAUUGGCGCCAAUCCGGACACAUGGGUAGUAUCAGGAGUCACUUUUCCACGGUCAACCGCCGAAGCAGUCGCGCAAUAAGUUUGGCAAGAAGCUUUGGUGAAGGAACUAACUAUGCCCCGGAUUACGAGGGUCUCAAUGGCGAAGAAAACGCACCCGCUCUAAACUUUGCGCAGAGAUUGCUUUUGGCGAAUGAGGAUGCAGUCUUUGGUUUACACGACGUUUGGUUGGCCGCAGCUACAACGCAGGACCGUGAUGACGAGUACAGUCAAAUGGACAUCGACGAGCAAGAGCCUUGGGACGGUUCUAUCUUUGAGGAUGACGAUUCUAGAUCAAAUGACCCUGGGGCUGGCUUUGAGGAUGAGGGAAGUUCUUCUGGCCCCAGCUCGUUCGACGAACGAGGCCGUUCAUACUUGCUUCAGCAGCAACAUCCACCUAGCCAACGUUUCCAAUCGCAAUCCUCCAGGCGUCCAAGUGCAGGCCAAGGAGCGGCUCGCCUUUCAUUUGCUGAUAACUCUAAUCCCCCGCGUCCUGUCAGUGCUGUGCCUCCUUGGCUCGAUCAGAAGAUGAGGACUACGAGUAUGGCAUCUUCCAUCCGACCUGCCAUCUUUGGUAACACUGGACUUGCCACUCCACGGUCCAUGUCACAAACGCCCUUCGUAGCUCCAUCCUCCAAAGCACCAAACCCCGCAAAUGAAGCAAAUGCUACAUCGACAACAGCUAAUGAAUCAGCCACAACUAAUCUCACGGCAAUCCCCGAAGGUAGAACCUCCACCAGCGGCCAAGCAAGUGAAGAAACCACGUUAGAUGUCAAUAAGGCAUCUAGCAUAGAAGAACUGGAGAAACCGACAGGCUUGUUCAAACAAUUACCCUUGGCCAUCAUUGCUCAGUACGCUAUAUUGGCCUUGCACGGGACUACCUGUGACCAAAUCUUCAUGUCGUUCUUGGUGACGCCAAUCCGCUCUGGUGGUCUCGGGCUGUCUGCAGGACAUUACGCUGAAUUGAUUGCUGCUAUGUGCAUUGCUCAAAUCGUGUUUCAGUUCCGGUUUUACCCGACGGUCGGACCGCCCCGUGGACAAUUAACCCAUCUCUCGAUGUUCAGAUUAGGGCUGUGUUUAUACAUACCUGUCUACAUGUUAUUGCCGGAAUUGAGAGGUUUGCUGCGAGAGAACCACAACGGGCUGGUGAUGUUUGGGAUGAUCUUGUUGUGCACUUUCCGAUGGCUUGGGAACGUUUGUGCUUACACUUCAGUGAUGGUCAUGAUUAAUGCUCAAACUCCUCCUCAUCUGAUUCCUCUGGCUAACGGAUUAGCCCAGAGCGCAGUGAGCGCAUCCAGAUUCGUCGGCCCCGUCUUCGGAGGAAUGGUGUGGUCUUUUUCGAUCACUCCAUCGCCUGAUUACAGGUCCUACCCAUUCAACAACUCGUUUGGAUUUCUGGUGGUCUCGAUCAUCUGCUUCAUCGGACUUUCGCUGUCGUUCAGACUCAAGUAA